CAGCCACAAUGUGCCCACGUAAAACGCUUUCAAGAAUACUUGCGAAAUGAGAAGAACCAGACAGAGGAAAGUCCCAACCCCGGGCCCCCAGCUGUUACCCUCGCCUCAAACCCCUUCAGCAGCGUCCAACUCGGAACAAAAGUGCUCUUGCGAAUUGGUCAAGCACUGGUUUCAAGUAUUCCUCGCAAACUUGUUCUCUCACGUCGGACUCUGCAUCCUGGUAGUGGGCUACUCAAUUGCUGGUGCAUUCCUGUUCGAAUCCCUGGAAAACCGUCCAUCGUUGACGCCAGAACCCCCGGGUACCCGUCGCGAAAACUACGAUGAUGACCAUCAUGAACCGUUUCUCUGCGAAAAAGAUCGAGUGUGCGUCGGGACGACGGACUUGGACACGGUUUUGCUGUGUGUGGAGCAAUGCAUCGAAUGCUGCGGUACUUUCAAGAAUGGGGCCAUGAAGGCCAUCAAUAGGAACAACACCGUUGUGGCUAAACUCGUCAAGAAGCAAAUGUACGAUGCCAGCAUGUCCAAGGGCAUGCGAUGGAAAGCUGUAAUGGCACAAACUGGACAACCCCUGUGGACAUUCAGCUCUGCUCUGCUGUUCUCCAUCACGGUGAUCACGACGAUCGGUUACGGAAACAUGACGCCAGAAACCCCGGAAGGUCGUUUGUGCACGAUCCUGUACGCCCUAUUCGGGAUCCCACUCAUGCUGAUCUGGCUCUCGAAAAUUGGCUCAUUGCUGGGCAAGGUCCUGACUCUGAUCUACACCCGAUUAUUUUGCGGCUGCAAACGUCGUCAUCAACACCAGCGCACAAUCACCCCAUCCUCUCCUCUGCCGACAGUGACGAUCAUCGACGGGCCCCAGGACGCCAGCGUUCGCGUCAGCACGGAAAUCACCCGAUCCCCGACACUCGACCUGAAUCCCACCGAACCCCCGCUGUUCGGGGCCCCCUCCGGAAACGUGCUCAAGAACGCGUUAGUACCGGCUCCGAUCAUGAUCUUGGCGAAAUCCCCAUCGAACCCGUUGCUAAUGAAUCCAACAACAACAACAACAACAGCAGAUGCUGUGCUGCUCGGGGCACCGACAGCUCAAGUUUUGAUGAACGCCUUGGCACCUCUUCCUCUGAUGUGGGCCGCGAAAUCGCCGACGGGUUCCUCGGGGUUUUUCGAACUCGGCCGUCCGCACUCGAGUCUCAAACUGAUCACGACAGCGCGUUUAUUCGAGCGGAAGGGCUCUGUGCUGAUGAGAAGAACCACGUCGGAGAACUUCCUGUCUUCGAAGGCCAGGAGACCCGUGGACCUCAUCGCACUGCGUGGUCGCCGUCAUUCCUUGGAUCAUUCGGAUAACUGCUUGAACAAAGACAGGGCAAUCACGAGAGAGCACCUCGUGGAGCUGCGGCCCAUGUCCAGGCGAGAAAAGCCGCAGUCGAGAGCUAAAUCGAGUUGCAGCAGCGAGAGACAGCACAGAGUGGCGACUAAUUUGAGGCGGCGGACGACGGGUUGUUGCGGCGGACGCGAUAAGGAUGACGAUCCGGUUCCGUACGUGCUCGUGCUGGGCAUUGUAGUAAUUUAUGUUUGCGUCGGCGGAGGGAUUUUUUCCAGGCUGGAAGGAUGGGAGUUCAUGGAGGGGUUCUAUUUCUGCUUCAUCACCCUGACGACGAUCGGGUUCGGGGACUUUGUGCCCGGCCAGUCCACGAUCGCUGCGGCGCGCGAUAAUGAAUUGACGCUGAUUCUCGUCGUGCUGUACUUGAUCCUGGGUCUCGCGAUUAUUGCCAUGGCGUUUACGAUGCUGCAGAAACGAGUGAGCAAGAGAUGUCGCCGGGUUGCCGCGAUGAUUGGGCUGCGGGGUUGA